ACAUAGUAACCCGGGAAAGGCAACCUCAGAGGCGGGUAGCGACAUUUCUUUCUAGGAAUCUCACAGCUGACCUGGAUAUUUGGUUACCCGGUCAAACGCUUGGAUAACAACGAUGGGUGCAUGUCGCUAGAAAAAGUUGCUAGCUUAGUUUGCACAACUGCUUGCUAGCAUUGGUUUGCUAACGUUAGCUGGCUAACGCUAACGUUAGCAAACAGACAGCUGAACGAAACUGAAGAAGAAGUCCGGAGAAGUUGGGAUUUUCUUAUCAUGAGGACAUCGAUAUGAAUGUGGACAUCUAGACACGUCGGAUCGUCCCCCCAAAGGUGAAUGAGAGAGAUGAGGAGCAGCAGGAGGACUGAGGUGUCUCCUAAAAGAUCUGCUCAGCAGCUUACUGAUCAUAAUAUUGGCACAGAGCUGACAACUGCAUGGAAAAGUGUGUCUCAGUCAAAAGCUGCAUUGCGGCAUAUAGAAAACCGUCUAGAGGCAGUUCCAGGGACAGGGGUUCUGCUCGACUCUGUAAUGGACCCCCCCAAGAAGAAAUCCACCAGGGCUGUCCGCUGCAGGGAUGGACAACAAGCUGAUGACAAUGGAGGGUCCUCAAAGCGCAGGGGACGAAGUCAGCAGAGUCCAGAGAAGAGCAGCUCACGCAGCCCACUGAGAAACACCACCCAGGACAGCAAUGUCCGCAGGAACAACAGCGUGGAGUUCAGGGAACCGCUGGCCUCCUACAGAGAGGCCACCCCUCCACCACAUCCCUCCUCUCAGCUGGAGGCCUACAGUUCGCAGUCAGUGCCAGGGUCUUCAUACCCAUCCUCUCCGCCUCCCUCAGAUCCUCUCCUCAGCCAGCUGGUCUACCAGAGAGACACCAGGGACAAACAGACAGACAGGGACCUGGACAGCACACACUCCUCGGCUCUGGAGAGCACCGAGGUCCGCUACCUCAAUGAUCAGCCAGCCCUGGACACCCUGAGAACUAUUGGAAACCAGUCACAUCUCAAAGGUGUGCGAGUCCCUGCAUGGGAACGGACUGAGGAGGAAAGCACUCCACAAGCACAACGUGGCAUGAAUAGCCAAGAGUCAAGCUCGUGUCUAGCUCCGGCCCCGGGCUCCAUACGGCGAGGGGAGAGCACUCCCUCCACCAGCCCUGGCUCAGCUUCCCAGCGGUUGGAGAACCUAAGGCGCCAUCAGCCCGAUGAUAAGCUAGAAAAGCUCAAAGAGCGCAUUCGAAGACAGAGACAACAUCUGGAGGAGGCUGCGGAGAGAGAGAAGCUGCUGGGUUGUUUAGAACAGCCCGUUAUGGCUGCCGUGGGGAGUAGCAAUGCUGGCACUAGCAACAUGCCCACAGCCAAAAUACGGAAAGUAGCAGCAGCACCGCCUGCACCUAUAUACAAAGGUUUCAACAGUACUGAGACAAAGAUCCGGACUCCUGAUGGGAAAGUUUGGAGGGAGGAGGAGUUUCACAACAUCAGCAGGGAAAUAUACAGAGACCUGUCACGUCAGUUUGCUGAGAGCACCAGAUCCAGACAUCAGCAGCAGAGGGAACAGAGAGCAGACAGGUCCAAAGAGAGGAGGCCUCCCAAACCAGUCAGAAAGGUCCACAGAGCUGCCCCUUCUUCUGACCUAAAUGCAAAACCAGUGAUCAGCCCUGCAUCAUGGCGGGAGGGACAAAAGUUGGUGAAGAUGGUACUAGGUCCAGUUCCAAAACUGCCCAGGGAGGAGGACAGACCCCAGACAGCUGACAGACUGAGCAGAACAGCCUCCCGCCAUCGUUCCAGUUCAGACCCACGCUCACAAUCAAACUCUCAGCCUCACCCUAACAGCACAGAAAGGCCUCGUAGUGGAUUUCAAUCCAAAACCCACUCCACGACCACAUCUACUCCCUCAUCUGCAGAUCGUGAGAGGCCCCCUGUGGGUGUUAGCACGGACCUGUUGUCAGCGGACAUCCAGGGGAUACUUGAUGACCUUCAGCUGGAGUGCAAAGCAGCUGAGAGGGAAGAGAGAGCCCGGCAAAGGUCACGGGGUGGGAGCAGUGGUAGGAGAGGGAGAGGGGGAUCAGGGUCACAAACACGGACUCCAGUCUCUGUUUGGGGAACUACUGCGGCAACAGGUAGCUCCUCAAGAGGCUGCCGCAGCGCCAGCCCCACCACACGCCGAUCUGAGACUGCUGACUCAGGGCACAAAAAGCGACACUAUGAUGCAGACACUGUUCGCCAGUACAUUUCCAGGCAACAAGAGGAGAGAAAGAGGCAUCAGGCAGAGGAGAAGAGGGCACUGAGGGAGGAGGCAGAAAGGAGAAACCAGAGAUUGCAGGAGCUUUACAGGAAGCAAAGAGAGGUGGCAAGAACAGCGGCCCCUCCCGGCGACGCACCAGUGGCCCCCGUGCAGAAGCGACUACAGGAGACCUACAACAAACUGCUACUGGAGGAGGCACAGUUGGGUCAGGAGGCCUCCCAGACACAACCUGCUGCUCCUUCAAUUCAAAUGAGACCGAUGUACCAGCCCUCAGGAGAGUCCGACAAAGAGAACAAAAGGCUAGAGGCCCCACAGAGCCCCUCGAGCAGUGACCAGUCUUUGAAUGAUCGGCCACCUCCUCCAUUAUCCAGGAAUGAUCUGGAUGUUGGAGUUUCUUCUUUGCUUCAGCCUGACCGUCUGAGCCCAGCUGUUCGACCGUCGACUGGUCCCAGCAGCAGUGCGUUAGCCCCUUUUGGUGACCAUCUCUUCUCUCAUCUGCUAAGGCUGGAGACUGCAGCUAAUGAUGUCAAGCACACCCAGCGGCCAGCGACAGCACCUUUCAACAGGUCGCGAUCCAAGAUGUCCCGCAUUGAAGCCCUCAAAGCCACAGCUGCAUCCCUCUCCAACCGUAUAGAGAGUGAGGCACGGAAGCUUGCUGGGGAGGGGAUCAACUAUGGUACGGAAACUUCAAUGGACGUGGAUACUAUUAGGCCUUCUCAAGCCAACCUUGAUGAUGGAUGCUGGGCAGAGCCAGCUGCCACAGAAAACGAUGAUGUAGCGUUGAGGAUACAGAGGAUUUUGAGUAGCACAGGUCAUACUUCAUUCAAUGGCACAGCUCUUCCAGGAGUGGGAAACCUGCACGCCCUCAGGGGACAGAAGGAAAAGAAGGGUACACACACGAGUUUUAUCAAUCCACAAACACCUUCAGCUGAUGUAGCGGGGCCAGUUCUCAACAGGAAGGGGCUGGUCAAUGGCUUGGAAAAGGCAGAAAGAAAGGAUAAAAUGGAACAAAGGAGAGGAUAUGGAUUAAUGGAGGACAGGAAUCAGACAGAUCUCCAUGACUCAAGUGCCGGUUCCAUCAGUGAGGGUCCUCUUCUGAGUGAAGGGAGUUUUUCUGAGGAUGAAGCCAGCCCCCCUCGUCCCUCUAACAAUCAUGUUCCUAAACUGGCAGAUUGCCUUGGGACAGUGGGAUACUGUGCGGGUCAGAGGAGGGAUCACCAGCGGUUGUCAGAGUUCCAGAGAGAGGCAGCGAGGUGCUCGGCCCUCAACUCACCCUUUGCACAGCAUGACAGCAGCAGCAAAGCAGCCUGGGAGGAGCUGAACAAGGGAAGCCCUCUCAGUGUAAUCAACAUCUUCACCAAGAACCUUCAUGAUCACGCUAAAGCGAGUGAGAGGAACUCUCCCACUGCUCAUUCAUGGCACUCUGGAAAUGGCCCUGUAGACGCAGCCAUCUAUGAAGAUGACUUUGUAUCAUCACAUAGCAGUGGAGCCAGUGGUCAGUUAAAGAGAGGCUCCAAUUCACGCAGCGUGAACAGUCAUUUUGAGGAGCUGAUGAGGAGGUCUCCUUAUGACAAAAGUUCAGGAGGCAUCAAUUCCCACCAUUCGUCCUUUCACUCAUCUAGUCACUCACCACAUCUUUCCUCCGGUUCAGCAUCUGGCUCCUCGCCCUUCUCCAAGCAAUCCGCUAGAAAAAGAGGCACUGCAUCAGACCAGAGUGAUGCCACUCUGGUGGAAGAGCAAAGAAGCUCCUGCUCACCUCCUUCAGAGGAGUUAUCCUCUGAAUCCAGGAAGAAAAACUCUGCUCACAGCCAGGCCAAGAGUGUCCUCUCUAAUGACACUUCAGGAGAAACUUCUGGGCUUUCUCACCAAAGUUUGGGACUCCACAGUAAGAAGUCUUCAGCAGGCAGGCCCAGACAGGCUUCCCGAUCUGGCUCUCCAUACUCUGGUUCUCCUCCAGGAGCAGACUCUCCCAGUGAGCCUGUGAGAAGUGGCUCUCUAGGAGCAAAUAACACAGGCACCACAGGUCGCAGUGGUAGAGCAGAGACCAAGACCACAGGUGAACUGCAAUACUCGCCUGCUGUGUUGCAGCAGCGUAUGGCAGCAGAGCUCCAGUACCUGGAGUCCAUUGAGGAGUCAGUCCGACAGCUGGGCGACAUCGAAAGGGUUAUGGGUGUGUCCAUGGCUCAGCAGGAGAGCGUGUCAUUGGCCCAGAUGCUUAAGGCAAGAGAGCAGAGCCAUGCGCGUGAACUCUACGAGCUGAAGAUCAAGGCUGAAAGAGAAGCCCUGGAGACACAGCUGCAGCUGGAGGAAAACAGGCAGAGAGUGGCCAGGGCUCAUUCAGAACUGCAAGAAAACUUGGCUACAAAUCAAAAAGAGACCUUGGAGACCCUCCAAGAGGCAACUACGAAGAUGAUGAGUCAACAGGCUGAGGCAGCGCGGUACACAGCCGACACUGCCCGACACAUCAAGGAGAUGACUGAAUUGGCACGAUCGCAGAUAGCGGGAGCUUUGAUCGUUCCUCAUGAUGUCUCUGAUUCCUCCAUGUUGGACAAGCGGGAAGAAGAACAGAGCUCCUAUUCAAAGCAGCGGCAGGAAAAAACUGACUCUGACAGCUUCCCUAGUGAGGUGUCGAGCAGAAGAACAAGGCCAGAGGAGCCACUGUCUUCUCUGAACAGUCUCAGUCACUCUGACUCUCUGUCCUUCAGAAGACCCAACAUCAGUGGUGCAGACUCCAGCAGCCACCAUAGCCCGUCGCAUGUUUUAUCAGACCACAGAGAACAGACGAAAAAAGGAGCCAUAGAGGCGAAACGGAGGAUGGGAGCAGCCGAGGAGAGGAAGGAGAGGGAAGGAGGUAGCAGCUCCAUAGAGGACGAAGUUCUUACUGCAGCAAAUGACUCCCUCUGCAGUGACAGCAUCCCCUCGAUAGUGGAUGAGAAAGGAGACAGUACAUCUGUGGCAACUGAAUACUCCCUGAAGUUUGAUGAGUCGAUGACAGAGGAUGAGAUAGAAGAGCGCUCCUUCCGCUCUCUGCUGCCAUCCGAGGCGCACCGCCGUGGAACUAUGGAAAAGAAAUCCCGCCACCAUGACGAAUCAGAGGAUGAUGGAGCCAAUCACAACACAACAACAGCGUCAGGGGCACACAAUAUUUUAAAGUCUCAGGAUGCAAGCAUGGCCUUUGCUGGCGGACAGGACAGCUUUUCCCAGUUCACCAUGGACAUGGUGCGUCAGUACAUGAAGGACGAGGAGGUAAGACUGCAGCACCAGAGCUCUCUGCUGCAUCUUCGACAGAAAGCUCUCAAAGAGAAGACCAGAACUGAGCUGGCUUGGCUAGAGCAUCAGAAAAAGAAGCUGAGGGACAAAGGAGAGGAUGACAAAAUGCCACCAAUCAGGAAGAAGCAGAGGGGCCUUCUGUUGAAACUACAGCAGGAGCAGGCUGAGAUCAAGCGACUUCAGGAGGCCAACAAAGCAGCCAGAAAGGAAAGGCAGCUGUUGCUGAAGCAACAGGAGGAGAUUGAGCGCAUGAGAAACUCUACAUUCAGACUGAAGGAGCGUCUAAAGUGUGCUGGCGGUGAAGCGCCACCUGAGACUCCUGUGUCAGAGACCCCUGUGUCUGAGGCAGCCUCCCCAAACAUGAGACAUGCUGAGGAUCUCCGCAGCCCCUCUCCCUCUCUCUCCAUUUCUGGAAGUGAGACCAGCAGCAUCAUGCAGAAGCUCAAGAAGAUGCGCUCUCACAUGGAUGAGAAACACUGUUCCCCUGUCCACUACUUCUUCUCUGUGUUCACGGCCCACCACUGGGCCUCCCUCAGUGUUUGUCUUCCCAAACUCCACCCUAAAUUCCAGCUCUUUAUCUACAACCAGUUGGUCAGGUUCCUGACAAAGCGGGAGCAGCAGCUGAUGCAGCGGCGCCACCAUGCCGAGGAGCUGCUGCAGUGGAAACAGCGUCUGGACAAGGAGGAGGCAGAGGUCCGCAGGAUGGAAAAGGAGGCCCUGGCUGUGUGGGACAGACAAACAACUCGGGAUGGGACAGAGAGUCAGGAAAAGGAGAUCUCCGACAUUAGCCCCAGUCACCAUCAAAGCUCAGAGCCCAGAACUGAUAGUGAGAAAGAGUAUGUGAGUGAGGGCGACUGUUCCUCAGCGACUCCCGAGUCCAGCAUACACACAGAAGGCCUGGGGUCCCAGCAGCCAGGAAGCCCAUCUUCGGCACAACCUGCGUCAAUCCCUGAAACACCUUUGGCCUCCGUGCAGAGCAGCGCUGCAAAUUACACCCAGGACUUCACUUCAGCUUCCCACUCACCGACCAGACAAUCUCUCCGGUCUCCCUUCAAAGGCAGCCACAGCCCUGCUGUCUCUCCUUCAGAUGGCAGCAGCAAAACCAAGAUGCAGCUUCGCUCCUCCUCCCGCACCGCCAACCAGGCCCGCACUCAGCCAUCUGAAUCCCCCAUGCCCACGCAGACUGAACCCAUUUCAGACCAGAGUGACAUAGAGAGCCGAAUCAAGGCCCUGAAGGAGGAACUCAGAAAACGAAAGUUUAUGGCCUACCAGCUGAAGAAAGAGCAGAAGAAGAGGCACAAGGAGCGCCUGAAAGCACAGGAGGCCAGUUUACUGAAGCAGCUGGAGAGCUAUGACAAUUUCAUCGAGAAAACUAAGGCAGAACUGAACAAGAAGCCAGACUCAACUCCUGAUACAAACAGAGACUCCACCUCAAUCGCAGAGCAGUCCAGUAUCAAACCACCUGCUCACAGGUCUGAAACCAGCAAAAUCUCUGACUCUGACAGGACACAAAUUGAUGCUUCGUUAGAUCACAAUGCCCUUCCUGAACCUGAUCUCAGUAGAUCCACCUCAGUGCCUGAAGAAUUAUCUGAUGAAGACCCACCAACAGUCACUCCAACCCCAGUACAAGGCAGCCCAGAGUGUCCGCCCUCAGGACAGAGGAGCCGUCUGUCCACCGUGGAUCUUCUUGAACCUUCCUUGAAGGAAGCACAGUCGCAAAUGAUUGAGUCUGCAGAUGAGAGCAUUGUGUCUUAUCAAAGAUCUGACAUUCAGGAAGAGCUAGAGGUGAACGUGAGCUCAGCGUUUGAGGAGGAACAUUCUGAACAUCUGCUCCAAAUAGAAAAGGAGGACAGACUCGACUCCCAAGAGAAGCGGUCUACAUCUGAACAUGUUUCUUCUUCCAUGAGAGAAGAGCAUCAAUAUUCUCCAUCUGUCAGCCCAGAACAAGAUAAACAAAUACAGACAAGUGAAAAAUCAGACGCUGAGGAGGCACCAAAAUCGAACAUUAUCUCUUCUAGUAAGUCACAUUCAGCUGCAAUGGACAUCAAAACGUCGACACAUCGGAGCUAUAGCCCUGCAUCCAGCAGCCAUUCCUGCUCGCCUGACUCACUUGCUUUCUCCUCAAAGAAGGAUGCUCCCAUAAAGGAUGACAAAGUCUCCUCUCCCAUAGCAGAUAGUUAUCAUGAUGACUUUGAGUCUUCAGCAGGUUCUUCACCCAGGGAGGAACGUCACAGUUCCAAGCCUACUGAGAUCAAGGCCUUAAGAAAGGAGUCUAGCAGAGCCACACCGUAUGACAGCCAGGACGAGGAGGUAGAGGAGGAAAUAGCUGAAGAACUGAGUCAUCAUUCAGGGGCAAGUAGCCACCAAUCUGGGAUACUGUUGGAUCUUCAUAACCACACAGAAGACAAACAUGACAGCAAGGACAUUGUUAAUUCCAGCCACUCACCACCAAUCUCUCCUCUGCAGACUCCUCUCUCUCCUGUUAAAGAUGAAAUGCCAAGUUUUACCAUCGGAGAUCGUGUUCUUGUUGGUGGCGUUCAGCCUGGGACUCUGAGAUUCAAAGGUCCAACCAGCUUUGCUAACGGCUUCUGGGCUGGCGUGGAGUUGGAUAAAUCUGAGGGGAGCAACAAUGGCACUUAUGAUGGGGUGGUGUACUUUGAGUGUGAUGAAAGCCACGGUAUCUUUGCUCCUCCAGACAAGAUCUCACACCUGCCGGACAAGUUUGAGAUGUACACAGACACCACGGAGGAUGAGGACUCAUUCUUUGAUGGUCUGUCGGAUAAAGAAGGGGAUAAACGUAAAACAGAUGAGCACAAAUCCCAAAAACAAGGAAAUCUGAAAAGUGAAAAUGAACAAACAUCCGAUAAGAUCCGUGAGUCUGGAGAUAAAAAGGCCACAGAUGAGUCUGUCCAUAAGCCAGAAUACCACAUCAAUUCAACGCAUUACAAAGAAUCCAGGCAUCCCAUUUCUAAUGGCAACAUAACAUUGGAUUUUGAAGAUGCACCAACCACCCUCCUCAUCUCUGACAUCGACACUUUUGGCCAAGGGAAGCAGAGUCAGAAGGUUGUUACUACUUUUGUUGAGAAUGAAGAAAAAGACUCACAACACCAGCGUAGUCCUGCUGAUCUCUCCACAGAUAUCAGGGAUGAUAAGAGAGAGCAGGACAGAGACUCGCUGGACACAUUUGCAGACAAGCUCCUCAACAACUUUGUGAAAGACACUUUGAUGCAGUUUGUUCAAAUUAAAAAGGCUAAAGAACAGAAAAUAGAAGCUGCCAACCAGAUGAAUGGAGAUCUGUUUGGAGAAAAUGUUGAAGAAGAAGAAUGGUUCUCUUCAGUGGAACAAAAAGAUGGUUUACCCUUCUUCUUACCCACAGAAAAAGAGGAACUGUCUUCUCCUGAGCUUUGUAACCGACCGGAGAGUCCAGUGUUGGGUGCCAGCGGUCAGGAGGAGCUUGCCAAGCGACUUGCAGAGUUGGAACUGAGCCGCGAACUGCUCGAUGAGCUGGGUGACGAUCAGGACUGGUUUGAUGAGGACUUUGGCCUCAGCUCCCGUAGAGAACAACAGAGACUCAAACAAAAACAGAGAGAGGAAGAAGAGGAGGCGAGGCUGGCGAGGUCUGGCCUAUCAGCCGGAGCAGGCCUGGCGGGGCUGGUCUCACCAUCAGGUGGUGAACAGCAGGUAAAGACUCCACCAAGACCUGAGCUACCUCUCCCCCUGCCCCCCAAACUACCUGAGCAGCCCGCCAUGGUGGUGCCACACACAGCCUCAGAGGUGGAGAAGAUGGUCCAUGCAGCCACUCAGGAGAUCUGGGAGAGCUAUGGCCUGGGGAAAGAGGGAGCAGUGACUCUUGCACAACAGCCAAACCCCAAACCCUCAGAAGAGUAUCUGGGUAAAGAGGCCGGCAGCCAGGACCAGGAGGCCCUCUGUGUCUGCAGCUACAGAAAGGCUGUGUAUGACCUGACGUGGGAGAUGCUUCAGGAGAUCUUUGCCGAGGACCCCAACACUGAUCAGCCUCAGUGGGUCAAACCACGUCGAGUCAAGUCCUCCUUCUUCCACAGAGUAAAAACAACAGGAGACCUCACCAAAAUCCAGGAACUCAUCUCAGCAGAAGUACUGAAACUGUACGGUUUGACAAAAGAUCACAACCAGAAGACUGACUGGCAGAAGAUGCUCAAGUUUGGCAGAAAGAAGCGAGACAGAGUUGAUCACAUUCUGGUUCAGGAACUCCAUGAGGAGGAAGCCCAGUGGGUCAACUAUGACGAGGACGAGCUGUUUGUCAAGAUGCAGCUGGCAGACAGCAUCUUUGAUGCUUUGCUGAAGGACACUGCAAACGUGCUGACGCUAAUCUACGACAAGAGGGCCAAAAGAGAAAACUCUGUCUCCUGACAACUCCCCUGUUCAGAUUUUAACUACAACCUCUAGCUCAAUCCCGGUCUUUCCUCAUCCCAGUGAACUCCAGUCGACCUCCCACCGCUCGGUCUUCCACCAGCUAAUGUGCCAACAGCAACCCUCAGAUGCCUUCAGUCUCAGCAUUACCUCUCAGCUAAACAACUCCUUCUUAUUUCUGUGACUUUAAUUUGCUGAAUUUUGCUUCAGCUUACUGUAGUGGUUAUAAAAUUUGUUCGACACACAAAACGCCUCUCGAGCAAUCCAGCCUUCUUAAACCUUAACACCACCUAGUCUCGAUUCUCACCUCCUGGACUGGUCCUUUUAUAAAUGCCAGUUGGAGAAUGAGGAGAUGUUUUGAGUGGAUGGACUGUGCCAUUUGUUCGCAUAUAGAGUCCAUUAAUGCUGCUAAGUCGAUUGUUCCAAAGGGGACUGUAAUAUAAAAUCCACCUGGAACAAGUUGGUUGUUAUAUUUGUGUUGAACCUUAAAGUAAAUAUAUAUAUAUAUGGAUUCAGAAAAAUAGAGUAGCAGAUAAAGAAUAUGCAGUGUAGUCCAUAUGUGAUUUGACACUGACACAUUAUUGUGUUGGCUUUGUAAUUCAGCUCAUUGAAAUUGAAUAAUGACUAUAUGGUUAAACUUUUAGCUUUACUUUGAGGGUUUUUACAUCCAUUUUGGGUGAUAAGUAAUCAACCCCUAAUUUAAGGGAUCUGUGAGCCUGCAUUAAAUUUUUUAAAAAAUCGGUGAAGUUUACGACUCAGAAAACGUUUCUUGAUAUGGAAAUGGUCAUGCAUUGAACACCCUGUUGUGUUACGCAGGCACACUGUCUUGAAAAUCUGAAGGGUUUAGUUCAGUUCAAUUCAAAGGGGCUUUAUUGGCAAAGUAAAUAUACAUUUACAUUGCCAAAGCAAGUUUAAAAUAAAAACAAAAAUUGUAUGUACAAUAAGUAAAGAGCUACCUCAAAGCCCUUACACAGCAUUUCAAGGAAACAUGUAGCUCAACCUCAAAAACCUUUGCCAAAUAGCGCGCAUCGUUUGUAGAUUGAAUGUGCCCCUUGUCUUGAGCAAGUACAACACAUGCGAGGUCACGCGCCUGACUCGGUUUAUCACGGGUCGGACCUAAAAGUCCCUGUUUGCUUUGGCUCUAUGUUUAGUAUCAUUGUUCUGCUGCAUUGACUUUUAAUUGGAUGACUAUGUAUACAAAAAAACUGAGUCUAACUUAAUAAUUAUUGUUGAAUUUCAAAUCCAAUGUGCUGAAGGGGAGCUGAAACAGUUGGAAUGCGUCGAAUAUUGUGAGACUGCGCUGCGUAGGAGCGUCACUGAGAUCAGAUUUGUGUGAAAACAUUUUGCCUCCAUAAUUAUAUUAUUUAUUGCGUGAAAAUGUUUGAUUCCAGGAGAAAGGAACAUUUUGAAUUGUAAAUGAACAUAUAGAGAACAGAUUUUAACACCGAAUAAAACUGUAAAAAGCACAAACUAAUGCGAAUGUGAACACGGCAAUAUAUUAUACAGGAGGUUUAAAGAAUGCUAUUGAAACCAGAAAAAAGGAACAUGGCGAGAAAUUAACUAUUUUAAUAUUUAAACGUUGUAGUGUUAAUGAUUAAUUGAAAGUGUUCUGUAUGACUUUUAUUGUGGUCACAUCUGUCCAUUUGGUCAACACAGUCAGUGUCCCACUUUCAUACUGCACGAGUGCUUAUGUUAACAGUUUGAAAACUACUCAUUUAACCAGCAAAGAAAAAUAAUAUUUGUGCUCUAACUGAAGCUGUUAAACACUGUUUUUCUGUUAGCAUUGGGGGAAAACAUGUUUUUAUUGUGCUGGCAUUUUUUAGAUUUCUUUUGGUCUUUUUUGAAUGAAAACACUACAGACUCAAAACACAGGAUGAGUAUACGGUAUGUGGGUGGGACACAAAAGACUGGCAGUAGGCCUGACUUGAUAUUUUUUAGUUUCACAUAACAGGACAGAACUGAAAUGCUGGAUUUGAGCCUUAUUUUUCCUACAGUCCAUUUACUUCCUAUGACCUGAAAAGACACCUGUUGAUGUCUUGUUUUUUCAUCGCUCGCCAAGUUUGCCAGCUGAACGUUUGCCCAAAAAACACUGAGUCAUGUAGCAGCAUGGUUAUAUGCUCCACUCACUGCUGUGAAAGAUUUGGCUUUACAGCGAUCAGCAAGUUCAAACUAGCCGUCAGAAUGUAGCCCGGCGAUGUAGUCAGACAGCAGAGGUAGUCUUUCUCAACAUUCGGUGUUAAGUGCCUCUUUAAGUUGAUUUCUGACAAACUUUGUUGAUGUCUCAACAUCUUUUGGACCUAUUUUCUUUGAAUGUCUCUUUCAACUGCUGUAUACAACCAUUUUGUAAAUGAUCCUUAAAUGACCGCUGUCCUUCUAACCAGUUUGCCAAUACUUCAGUUUCUGCCUUAUUAAUCUUUCUGUAUUGAAGCAUAGAUGAGAGCGCUCGUUUUCUGUGUCUCAUCCCGAGGAAAUGUUUAUGCUAACAGAACUGCUGACUCACUCUUAAGGUUUCCUGCUUCUUAUCCACGUCACCCCUGCACCUGGUCAUAUAGACACAGUUAGAUUUUUUUAUUAUUGAUAAACUGUAUCAGGAACUAGAUUGUUGACACUCCACACACACACACACACACACACACACAUACUCACACACACAGGGUGAGUCAUGGAGCUCGUGAUGCUGAGCACGUAGGACCGUAUCAAGGGCUUGUUUUAGUCCUCACUGUCAGCGCUGCUUUGAUCCAACAAACUGUGUACAGACUCAUUGCGGCAUGACAGAGUUAAUCUUCACUGACUGUUCGGAGCUAAAGUGACCUUAAACUCAGUCUUUUUUUUUUUUUUUUUUUGCCGUCAAUGUUUUAAGUGUAGCUAAUGUGUAUGCUCAAACUGUAAGUUAUGUAAUGUAGAAAAAGACCAAAAACAUUUGACACCAAUCUUCUCCAUGCUGUAUGACUUGUAUGUCUGGUCUGUAGGCAUAUGUAACUGUAAUGGUGACAUGAUUAGGACUUUAGAAACACUUUCUAUAAGGCUUUAUCUCAAACCCUCUAGGAUUGUCGUCUUGAUUUGAUUGUAUGUCGGGGGAAAGUUACGUUCCCCUUUGUAACUAUGCAGUACUUGGUCUUAUGCAUCGCUCUGUAUGUGUGGACCAAACAGCUUAGACUUCUGCUGUAGUCUGUAGAUUAAAGAAAUCGUCAAGGAGCUUGAAGCUGUUUGGUGUAGUGCAGAGUUUCUUUUAUCUGCCGGUCUGAGGUGGAUAGAGCAACUUUACCUUUAAAUAGAGCUUGAUCUGAAUAACUGAAUUAAAAAGUAGGCACAAACAAUUUGAUCAUCAAAUUAACCCCAGUUAGAGUAGAUUCACCUUUUGAAAUGUUUAUGAAUAUUUAUAAUAAUGUGUUGUGAGUGUGCGCCAAGUGCACUUGAAGACUUGUACAAUUCUUUUAAGGGUGUAAAUAUACUGUUGAUCCAAUCUGACCCACUGUUACUGUAACCUGAACGAUUGUUGUAAAAUAAAACACUGUUUACUUUGCAAAUAUGUGCAAAAUAUAUAUUUGUUAACUAAAUGAACUUUGAAAUUGUAAAUAAAGCUUCCAUUGUUUCUAAAGGA